GUGCAGCUUGAGCUUCUUCUCUGAAUCUAGCAUACGCCCACCCUUUCUCUUCAUCCACAGCCAUGGUUCUACACAACCCCAACAACUGGCACUGGGUCAACAAGGACGUUGCACCCUGGGCCAGGAGCUACCUCGAGCAAGAGCUUUCCACUAUCUCGGCUGAGCAUGAUGGCGUGUCAGCGAAGAUCGACAAGGUAGUCAGCAUGGAUGGCGACGUGGACGUAAGCCAGCGCAAGGGCAAGGUCAUCACCAUCUUUGAUGUGCGACUCAAGCUUGAGUAUUCUGGUAAGAACCAGGAGGGCGAGGAGGCCAGCGGCACGAUCACGGUUCCCGAGGUCGCACACGACACAGAGGAAGACGAGUAUGUCUUUGAGGUAGAUGUGUACUCCGAUGAGAGCAGUAAACAGCCCGUGAAGGACUUGGUUCGUUCCAAAAUCCUCCCGCAGCUGCGCAAGAGUCUUGCAAAGCUCGGCCCUGCGGUAAUGGCAGAACACGGAAAGGAUAUCCAGCACGCUCCCGGCACAAAUCCAUCCACAAGCUUCUCUACGCCGAAAGUCUAUUCGAGCUCGAGCGUCAACAAGUCUUCAGGCUCCAAGGCGGAAGGUGCAUCACAAAAGUCAAGCUCUGGUGCUGUCGUUAACGUGACGACAAUCACUGAUAGCACUGAGUUCCGCACCGACGCUGCGAAUCUGUUCCAGACCUUCACUGACCCCCAACGCAUCGCUGCCUUCACUCGCUCACCGCCCAAGAACUUCACCGGCGCUAAGCCUGGGGGUACUUUCGAGCUGUUCGGAGGCAAUGUCAGUGGAGAGUUCACAGAAUUGGAGGAGCCUACGCAUAUCGUCCAGAAAUGGCGAUUAGCGCAGUGGCCAGCGGGACACUACUCCACACUCUCUAUCUGGUUCGAUCAAAAUGACGUUGAUGCUGUGACAGUGAUGCGAGUUGAGUGGAAGGGCGUUCCUGUUGGACAGGAAGAGUCUACCAAGACCAACUGGGAUCAGUACUACGUUCGUAGCAUAAAGACCACGUUCGGUUUUGGGACCGUGCUAUAAGUUCUUAGAAGGAUGAAGUAGUUUGCCCUGGAGUUUGGAGGUUUAGAAAGGAUUAUGAAUGUUGACGAAGCUAUGGACUCUGAAUGAAGAUAGGCACAGCGCCACGAAAUACGUAAUA